GCUGGACCUUCUCACCGUCUUCGCCAGUUGCCUAGUGACGAAAAACUAUCGACUGCUGCUGAUUUCCUGCGUUUUCAAAAUCUCAUCGCUGGCACUGUGAGCUCGUGCGAAGUUUUCCAAACAGAUUGCAUGCUAUUCUCGUCUCUGCAGCUGGAGUAUGGGACGAAUAAAACUGUUAAUCUUGCCCUGAAUGUCGUGUAGCGUCAUCAGCGUUUCAGGUCGCGUUAUGCAGCGUUUUGAAGAAUGAUGAAUAGUUAUAUUUUCAUCAGAGUCGUUGGGAAAGGGAGCUAUGGGGAGGUGAACUUGGUGAAACACAAAACAGACCGAAAACAGUAUGUUAUUAAGAAGCUGAAUUUAACCACCUCCUCCAAGCGGGAAAGGCGUUCUGCAGAGCAGGAGGCGCAGCUUCUGUCCCAGUUGCGACAUCCUAACAUUGUGACAUACAGGGAGUCUUGGGAAGGAGAUGACUGCCAGCUGUACAUUGUGAUGGGUUUCUGUGAAGGUGGUGACCUUUAUCAUCGACUCAAACAGCAAAAGGGUGAACUCUUACCAGAGAGGCAGGUGGUGGAAUGGUUUGUCCAGAUAGCCAUGGCACUCCAGUACCUGCAUGAGAGGAACAUUCUUCACCGGGACCUCAAAACGCAGAACAUCUUUUUGACCAAGACCAACAUCAUCAAAGUUGGGGACCUUGGCAUCGCAAGAGUAUUGGAGAACCAGAAUGAUAUGGCCAGCACACUGAUAGGGACCCCUUACUAUAUGAGUCCAGAGCUCUUUUCUAAUAAACCCUAUAACCACAAGUCAGAUGUAUGGGCCCUGGGUUGCUGUGUGUAUGAAAUGUCCACACUGAAACAUGCCUUCAAUGCCAAGGACAUGAACUCACUGGUUUAUCGCAUUGUAGAAGGAAAGCUGCCACAGAUGCCCAGUAGGUAUGAUCCCCAGCUGGGAGAACUGAUCAGGAGCAUGCUGUGUAAAAGACCUGAAGACAGGCCUGAUGUCAAACUUAUCCUCAGGCAGCCGUACAUUAAACGACAAAUUGCCAUGUUCCUUGAGGCCACUAAAGAAAAAACAGCCAAGUCAAGAAAGAAAGCUGUGGCUGGCAGUGGUGAUUGUAGGGCCAACAGUGGAUCGCCUGUGGUGUCAUAUCUGACAAAACCUGAUCGGAGUCACCAUCCUGAAUCUCUAGCCAGGGUGAAACGGAAAGAAGAGAAAUCACAACAACAUGAAGUUCAAAACAGCGUUGCAGACUGCACUACAGUCCAAACACCUCGGUCGCCCGAAUCCUCCUCACCUGAUGCUCUCAAAUCCAGCAUCGCAUCCCUGGCAACCAUCAGCAACAUUAAUAUUGAUCUCCAACUACAGGAGGAUGAGGAGUGUGUGAAGAGACAGGUGCAGGGGCCGCAGGCAGUUGUUUCACACCACCGUGCAUGUAAUGAACGUGUGACUCACAGUGUGUACAAAGACGUUAAGGGAAUCAGGAAAUCAGAUUCUUCUCCCCCUCCUUCCCCUGUGAAGCCCCCUCUGAAGUCUGUAUCACGUGUUGGCAGUCGGGGAGCAGACGAGAGGAUGUCAUUCAAUGGAUUGGUAGACAUUCAUCCACAGGCCACACCAAACCCUGGGGAUACAUUUUCUGUCUGUGGGGAGAAACAGAUGUCAGAUGUGGAUGAUAAGGAUGAUACCAUGGAGUUACUCAAAGAGACUGGCAUGCAGAACCCGAAGCUGGAGAAAGGGGGGGCUUUUUCUAUCCUUGAGAGGAGAUCUGCACUCAAAUGCAAUACGGAAAGUAUUGAAAUAGUUGAGGAAGUGAAUAUGGAUGAUAAAAGUGACACUGUUGUCCUUCUCAAGGGAGCUCCAACACAACAUCAUACCUCAGCUAUCCAGGAAAGCCUUGAAUCUACUGAAAAGCUGUUAGAGACCUUCCCCUCACCACUGGAGCCAGUUCGGGAGGAAUCUCCCUUACCAGCCAGUAAACUGGGCAUGAUCACUCCAUGCCAAAGUCCCCUUCACUUCUCAUCAGAACCAUCUAAAUCCCAGCAGGACACUGAGAGGGACAUAGGACGGACACAUGGGGAUCAGGACAAGUCCAAGGUGGCUGCUCCUAGACCUUUACCUCUUCCUCCUGUUGAAGGCAUAGCUGUGGGAGGGAGGAAGAGGAGUCGGAGGUGCACAGAGGCCAAAAAGGCGAGUGAAGCUGCAACCUCCACAUCAGUUAGUUCUUCUAAGGAUGGAUUCUUAGCGCUGCCACAGGAUCGUCCUCUGUCUGCCAGAGAGAGAAGAAGACUGAGGCAGUCCCAGGAGAGUGCCAGCAAACCAGGUGUUAGUGUAAGAAGGGCAUCUUAUAAUGUCAGCUCCACUAAGGACGAGCACUACAAUGCUCCCUAUACCAGAUCUGUUUCAGAUUCUAUCACUUGGACCGACUGCAAGCAAGAUAAGUUGCAGGAGCAAAGGUCAGAUGAAGACGAGUGCAGCUCAUCCACAAGUUCCACAGAACGUUCGGAGGGAGACUGCAGGGAAAGGAAGACUGAAUCCAGUGACAUGCAGGAUUUAGUCCACAUGAUGACCCAAACUUUGACAAUGGAUAAUGGAGAUGGUAUGAGCGAGGUGGACAAAGGCAGAUUCGGCUCUACUGCAUUGCCAGAAUUUAAACUGAACAGAAAGUACAGAGACACCCUGGUGCUUCAUGGAAAGGGUCGAGGGGAAGCAGAAAACUUGUCACUUGGCGAAAUACCAAUCGGCUCCACAUCUGGUCCCGCCAAAAUAAGGCGAGCCAUAGAGCAUCUGAGGACAGAUGUGGUGAAGGGCCUCGGGGUCAAGCUGCUGGACAGAGUCCUGGAAAUCAUGGAGGUGGAGGAUGACACCAAACGAGAACUUUGCCUCCGGGACCAGAUGGGGGAGGAGAAGUACAAAGCUUAUGCUGUGAUGGUGAGGCAGCUGAAAUUCUUUGAGGAUAUUGCCAUCAAGGUUUAGAGAAAAUGCUGUACUUACUGCGAGGGAGCAAACAUUUGCAUUUCCAUGACACCACAUGUAGGAAGAGGCAACAGAUCUCCAACAGGAAACGUUUGUCUUUGGGAGAAAUGUUUCAGCUUCCAAGUAGAAACUUGUAUAAAGUCAAUAUUGUUCAUGAAAAUGAAAUUGUUUCCUGCCAAAACACCAACCUGCUUGCGUGGCAUUGACACAUUCUUGCAUGCAAAUCAUUGAUGCUUGCAGGUUUUGUCAUGGAAUUGCCAUGUUACUGCUCUUGUGCAAGCAAUGAUAUGUUAAUGACUGUAAAGUUUUUUUUUUUUUUUAAACAUUCUUCAAACACAGAAUUUGUAAUUAUUCCUGUUAUUUUCAUGAUGUCUAUGCAAAGAAAUGAGUCAUGUUAAAGCACUCUUCUUUUUGUAGUUGGUACUCAUUUGUUUAUAAUGCAGACUAGAAUUUCAAUUGUCUUUGAAGAAACUAGAUUUCACUGUUAUUUUUAAUAAUAUUAUAUAGGUGCAUUGUAGAUAUUAACCUUUGAAUCUUUUCUAAUA